GGAGGUCCUCGAGCGCCUGCUGCCCCGGACCCCGAUGGAGCCCGAGCUGCUGCCGGCGCCCCUCCUGGGGCUCGGCGACGACCCCGACGCCGACCUCAGCGACUGGAACCUGCCGCUGGCCUUCAUGAAGAAGCGGCACUGCGAGAAGAUCGAGGGCUCCAAGUCGUUGGCGCAGAGCUGGCGGAUGAAGGACCGGAUGAAGACGGUCAGUGUGGCCUUGGUGCUGUGCCUGAAUGUCGGGGUGGACCCCCCGGACGUGGUGAAGACCACCCCCUGCGCGCGCUUGGAGUGCUGGAUUGAUCCGCUGUCCAUGGGCCCUCAGAAGGCUCUGGAGACCAUCGGUGCCAACUUGCAGAAGCAGUACGAGAACUGGCAGCCACGGGCACGCUACAAGCAGAGCCUGGACCCCACCGUGGACGAGGUAAAGAAGCUCUGCACAUCCCUGCGACGCAAUGCCAAGGAAGAGCGAGUCCUGUUCCACUACAACGGCCACGGCGUACCCCGGCCCACGGCCAAUGGCGAGGUCUGGGUCUUCAACAAGAACUACACGCAGUACAUCCCGCUGUCCGUCUACGACCUGCAGACCUGGAUGGGCAGCCCGUCCAUCUUCGUGUACGACUGCUCCAAUGCCGGCCUUAUCGUCAAGUCCUUCAAGCAGUUCGCGCUACAGAGGGAGCAGGAGCUGGAGGUGGCAGCCAUCAACCCCAACCACCCGCUGGCACAGAUGCCCCUGCCGCCCUCCAUGAAGAACUGCAUUCAGCUGGCCGCCUGCGAGGCCAACGAGCUGCUGCCCAUGAUCCCUGACCUCCCGGCUGACCUCUUCACCUCCUGCCUCACCACCCCCAUCAAGAUCGCCCUGCGCUGGUUCUGUAUGCAGAAGUGUGUGAGCCUGGUGCCCGGCGUGACCCUGGACCUCAUCGAGAAGAUCCCUGGGAGGCUGAACGACAGGAGGACACCACUGGGUGAACUGAACUGGAUCUUUACAGCCAUUACUGACACCAUCGCCUGGAAUGUCCUGCCACGCGAUCUCUUCCAGAAGCUCUUCAGGCAGGACCUACUGGUGGCCAGCCUGUUCCGAAACUUUCUGCUGGCCGAGCGCAUCAUGAGGUCCUACAGCUGCACCCCAGUCAGCAGCCCACGCCUGCCCCCCACCUACAUGCAUGCCAUGUGGCAGGCCUGGGACCUGGCGGUGGACAUCUGCCUGUCGCAGCUGCCCACCAUCAUUGAGGAGGGCACGGCCUUCCGGCACAGCCCUUUCUUCGCUGAGCAGCUGACAGCAUUCCAGGUGUGGCUGACCAUGGGCGUGGAGAACAGGAGCCCCCCCGAGCAGCUGCCUAUUGUCCUGCAGGUGCUGCUCAGCCAGGUGCACCGUCUUCGCGCCCUGGACCUGCUGGGCCGCUUCCUGGACCUGGGCCCUUGGGCUGUGAGCCUGGCCCUGUCGGUUGGCAUCUUCCCCUACGUGCUGAAGCUUCUACAGAGUUCAGCCCGAGAGCUGAGGCCACUGCUCGUAUUUAUCUGGGCCAAGAUCCUUGCUGUAGACAGUUCCUGCCAGGCCGACCUGGUCAAGGACAGUGGCCAUAAAUACUUCCUGUCUGUGCUGGCCGACCCCUACAUGCCGGCAGAGCACCGCACCAUGACCGCCUUCAUCCUCGCCGUCAUCGUCAACAGCUACAACACGGGGCAGGAGGCAUGUCUGCAGGGGAACCUGGUGGCCAUCUGCCUGGAGCAGCUCAGCGACCCGCACCCACUGUUGCGCCAGUGGGUUGCCAUCUGCCUCGGGCGCACCUGGCAGAACUUUGACUCAGCACGGUGGUGUGGGGUUCGGGACAGUGCCCAUGAGAAGCUCUGCAACCUCCUUUCUGACCCCAUCCCUGAGGUGCGCUGUGCUGCUGUCUUCGCCCUGGGGACAUUUGUGGGCAACUCUGCAGAGAGGACGGACCAUUCCACCACCAUCGAUCACAACGUGGCCAUGAUGCUGGCCCAGCUCAUCAACGAUGGGAGCCCCGUGGUGCGGAAGGAGCUGGUGGUGGCGCUGAGCCACCUGGUGGUCCAGUACGAGAGUAACUUUUGCACAGUGGCCCUGCAGUUCAUGGAGGAGGAAAAGAGCUACCCCCUGCCUGCUCCCGCCAGCUCAGAGGGCGGGAGCCUGACCCCCGUGCGCGACAGCCCCUGCACUCCCCGGCUGCGCCCUGUCAGCUCCUAUGGGAACAUCCGCGCGGUCACCACGGCCCGGAGCCUCAACAAGUCCCUGCAGAACCUGAGCCUCACUGAGGAGGCAGCCGGCAGCUCCGCAGCCUUCUCUCCCGGGAACAUGAGCACCAGCAGCAGCGCCAGCAGCACACUGGGCAGCCCCGAGAACGAGGAGUCCAUCCUGUCCUUCGAGACCGUGGACAAGAUGCGUCGCGUCAGCUCCUACUCAGCUCUCAACUCCCUCAUCGGCGUCUCCUUCAACAGCGUCUACACGCAGAUCUGGCGAGUGCUGCUGCACCUGGCUGCCGACCCCUACCCCGACGUGUCCGACCUGGCCAUGAAAGUCCUCAACAGCGUUGCCUACAAGGCCACCGUGAAUGCCCGGCCUCAGCGCAUCCUGCCCACAGCCUCACUCACGCAGUCGGCUCCCGCCAGCCCCACCAACAAGGGCGCUCACAUCCAGCAGGCCGGGGGCUCCCCGCCAACGCCCAGCACCAGCAGCUCCAGCCUCACCAACGAUGUGAACAAGCAGCCAGGCAGCCGGGACGUGCCCGCUGGGCGGCCGGGCACCACUGGGGGCCCCUCAGGAUCCCAGUACACACCCCACUCACACCAGUUCCCACGCACACGCAAGAUGUUCGACAAAGGCCCCGACCAGCCCACAGAGGACUCGGAUGACGCUACUGGACACAAGAGCUUCGUGCCGGCCGCAGUGCACACAGGCUUCUGCGACUGGAGUGCCCGCUACUUUGCCCAGCCCGUCAUGAAGUUCCCCGAGGAGCAUGACCUGGAGAGUCAGAUCCGCAAGGAACGAGAGUGGCGCUUCCUCCGCAACAGUCGAGUACGGAAGCAGGCUCAGCAGCUGGUCCAGAGGGGCAUCACCAGGCUGGACGACCAGAUUUUCCUCAACAGGAACCCGGGCGUCCCCUCCGUGGUCAAGUUCCACCCGUUCACACCCUGCGUGGCCGUGGCUGACAAGGACAGCAUCUGCUUCUGGGACUGGGAGAAAGGGGAGAAGCUCGACUACUUCCACAAUGGGAACCCCCGCUACACGCGCAUCACGGCCAUGGAGUACCUCAAUGGGCAGGACUGCUCCCUGCUCCUCACCGCCACAGACGAUGGUGCCAUCAGGGUCUGGAAGAACUUUGCCGACCUGGAGAAGAACCCGGAGAUGGUGACGGCCUGGCAGGGGCUGUCAGACAUGCUGCCUACCACCCGCGGAGCCGGGAUGGUGGUGGACUGGGAGCAGGAGACGGGACUGCUCAUGAGCUCGGGGGAUGUGCGCAUAGUCCGAGUCUGGGACACAGAGCGUGAGAUGAAGGUGCAGGACAUCCCCACAGGUGCCGACAGCUGCGUGACCAGCUUGUCCUGUGACUCACACCGAUCCCUGAUCGUGGCCGGCCUGGGCGACGGCUCCAUCCGUGUGUACGACAGGAGGCUGGCACUGAGCGAGUGCCGCGUCAUGACAUACCGGGAGCACUCGGCCUGGGUGGUGAAGGCACAGCUACAGAAACGCCCCGAAGGCCAGAUCAUCAGUGUCAGUGUCAAUGGGGACGUGCGCUUCUUCGACCCGCGGAUGCCCGAGUCAGUGAAUGUCCUUCAGAUUGUGAAGGGGCUCACGGCCCUGGACAUCCACCCGCAGGCCAACCUGAUCGCCUGUGGCUCCGUGAACCAGUUCACCGCCAUCUACAGCAGCAGCGGGGAGCUGGUCAACCACAUCAAGUACUACGACGGCUUCAUGGGCCAGCGCGUAGGCGCCAUCAGCUGCCUGGCCUUCCACCCCUACUGGCCGCACCUGGCCGUGGGCAGCAACGACUACUACAUCUCCGUGUACUCGGUGGAGAAGCGUGGCCGGUAGUGUUGGUGCCAGGUCCCGCCCCACGUUGGCCCGCUGUCCGCCCGUUCGUCUGUCCAUCCUCACAUCGCACCCAGGGAGCCAGCAGACGGGGACUCGGAGUGCCGGAGAUCUGUGGGUACAUGGGUCCCCCAGACACCACUUCGGCCUGACGUACCCCAGGCACCCCCCACACCUUCUUGACCUGCUUGGUCCCCAGAGUUCUGCUGGG